AUGGCACACCUCCUUCGCGGCAAACAGGCCGGUAUCCCAAAUGAUCUCUCGGUUGGCAUUUCGCCUGAAGUCUUCAUGCUAGACGAAUUUGCCCGCUAUGGUAUCAAUUCUCAGAUCUCGGUCCUCGCCUAUGACCCCGUCCAAUCCCUCCUCGCGGUCGGUACCAAUGAAUCCCCAUUUGGACCAGGCCUUGUCUACGUCUUUGGCCAGAAACGAGUCUGCGUUACCUUCACCCCUCCACGACGGUCCUCGAUUGGAACCAUCCAAUUUUGCGCCGACAAACUUGUUGUUCUGGACAGUAAGAACGAUAUUAGCAUCUUCAGCCUUGAAGCCAAGCACAUGCUUGCCAACUACGCCCCGCCCGGUCAUGUUAUCACUAUUCUCACGGACCCGAGCCUAGACUAUUGUUUAUGUGGACUGCAAAAUGGUGACAUUGUCGCAUACGAUUUGGACCGAGAAGGCAUCACGCCAUUCAGAAUCCCCAAUCUCUGGCGCGAGCGGAAUCCGCGAGCUCGAAUCCUCCCAAUCGUGUCCAUGCAAUUUCAUCCCAAAGAUAUCGGUACCAUACUCAUUGGGUAUCCCGAAGGAGCCGUGAUCUACUCUUUCAAGCAGAACAAGGCGACCAAGUUCUUCCAUUACGAGGUUCCCAGAGGGGCUCGAGGUGGUGAUGGAGACCCUUCAGCCUCCAACCAAGUGAGACAUCCACGACUCACGCACGUUCUCUGGCAUCCGACGGGCACCUUCGUUUUGACUGCUCAUGACGACUCGAGCUUGGUGUUUUGGGAUCCUCGGGAUGGUAGAGCUGUCCACGCCAGAACGGUCGAUGAAACAGAUGUGAAUAUGCCGAGCGGCGGAUCAUCUCGAGCGGGGCCCGGAACAGUUUCUGUCAAGGAGCCUUAUAUCAAUAUUGCAUGGUGUUCUAAAGAGAAUCCAGACGAUACUGGUCUGCUCGUGGCAGGUGGCUCGCCCACCACCAAUCCAACAAGAGGUCUGACCUUCAUUGAACUGGGCCCAACACCCAAUUAUCAAACAUCGACCUGGGAUUUUCUGGCAAGUCAUUUCAGAAACCCGAAAAGAAUACAUGUCCUCCCUACACCACCCAAUGCCGAAAUCUGCACCUUUACUCUAAUUCCUCGCUCAUCUCCUCAUUUCUGCGGCGCCCAUGAUCCGAUAGCAAUCUUGACCGCGCUGUCCUCUGGAGAACUCAUCACUCUCAGCUUCCCUUCCGGACAUCCCAUCACACCCACCAAUCAACUUCAUGUCUCAUUGUCUUUCGUUCAUCCGUUCGUCACGAAAACGGCAUUGUCGUUUGUCGACCGGGUGAGAUGGCUCGGCCUACGCGAGAUUCGUCAACACGGUCCCAAUUUCUUGCUAGGUGGAGCUGAAGGGACCAAACCUCGGAAAAGAUUUGAAAACAGAAACAUCAUUCAGACAGCACACGCGGACGGGACCGUUCGUGUCUGGGAUGCUGGACACGGCGAUGCCAUCGAGAAUCCUGGCGUACUCCAGGUCGAUCUGGGGAGGGCAGUUGGUCGAUGGGACCAAUUGGACGUGACUCAAAUGAGCAUGUCAGGUGCCACUGGAGAAAUCUCGGUGGGGUUGAGGACCGGAGAGCUCGUGGUUUUUAGACUCGGUCGAAAUCAAUUGGCCGGUCAUCCCCCGCCUGAGCCCGGCCCCCAUGAAGGACCUGGACGAAUGACAGAUAUCGUCGAACGAGCAGAUGCUGGGUUGAAGGAAGGUUUAUUACCAUUGACUAUGACCAAUGAUCAGCAAGGCCCGGUAACGGCUCUACGACAUUCUGAUGUCGGGUUCGUGGCUGCUGGAUAUGCCGGAGGGGGUGUCACCCUGGUUGAUCUUCGUGGACCAGCUAUCAUCCAUACGGCUCUGCUGAAUGAAUUAGCGGGCGGGAAACACCGAAGAGGGAGCAUCAGACGAUCGACCCCUGCGACUCAAUCUACUGAAUAUCCAACCGCCAUGGAAUUCGGUAUCAUGACCCUUGAAGGCGACGACUACUCCUCGCUCGCCUUGUUUGUUGGCACAUCGCGUGGUCGAGUUGCUACAUUCAAGAUUCUGCCAUCUCAAUCUGGUCGAUAUUCAGCACAAUGCGCCGGUGUGACCCAGAUAUCAGAUGAUCGAGUGAUUUCCCUGUCGCCGAUUGAUACUCGAGUCGGCUCACCAGCGGUUGCCACAGGCCACGCGAUGGCUGGCUUACAGUCAGGCAAGAAAAUAGAGGGGGUGUUGGUGGCAGCCACGACGUCAUCUGCCCACAUCUUCCGCCCGGCACAUGCCAAAGGGGCGUCCAAGACUUUUGAUCAUUACCUGUGCGACUCAUCUUCGGUUGCGCGAUACGAGAAUCGUGGUUAUGCACUUGUCGGCUUAUUUGGAGAUGGCGCGGCUCGAGCGUUUUCUAUCCCUGCUUUGAAAGAGCUUGCCAGCACUCGCGUCAACCAUCUCCUGGACACGAAAAGAUUUGGUGAUGCCAUCAUCACCCCGACCGGGGACAUUCUUGGAUGGGCAGGCCCAAGCGAGAUUGCCAUUGUUAAUGUCUUUGGCGCUGGCUUGUCGCUCCCUCCAAGCCCGGAUCGACUAUUCGACCCUGCGAAGCUCGUCCCUCCUCGACCGACAAUCAGCAAUCUUCAAUGGAUCGCGGGUACACAGUACAUCACACCAUCGGACAUGGAUAUCCUUAUCGGCGGUCCUGACCGACCACCUUCGAAACGAAUGAUGGCUGAAAUGCGUGCGGCGAAAGAGGCAGAAUUUCAGCGGCAGAGGGAAGCUGCACGUUCUGGUCGAUCUGCACCACCAGAUCAAAGUCAAGAGACUUAUUGGGCAUAUAUGCAACGACAGUUGGCUGAGAGGACGGAAAGUCUCGGCUUGGCGGGCGACAGUAUGGAUCGAGCGGCUGAAUCCAGCAGCACUUUCAGCGAUGACGUGAGUAAAUUUGUUGCGAAACAAAAGAGGCAGGCGGCGAUGGGAUACUUUACCUCCAAACUUGGCUUCUAA